ACUUCCGGUUAGAAACCGCUAUCUGUCAGAAAAAAAACAUCCAGAUCUGGAAUCCGCUACUCGGACGCGUUGACGGACACCGCUGCUGUCGGGAGGUCGUUUUCUGGGUUUGGAGCCUCUCAGGACAAACAGAGAGAGUAUGCCCGGGUGGAGGUAACCGUCCCAGGACUGUCGCUGCCUCCUCAGCCUGCUGAAGGACGGAGCAGGACGGAGAGACACAGAUGGAGAGGCCGGGCAGGCUGCUGCUGCUGUCCGAGCUCCGCGUCAGAAACACCGCGUACGAUGUGAGCCUGAGCCGGUCCCUGCUCACCUGGAAAAGACGAAUUUCCAGCCCGGUGUACCACCCAUUUAGACCCAGGUUUUGUGUUCCUUCGUUCCCUCGUCGACCAGACUCAGGUGUAUGUCACAGUGUGUCAGUGUCAGAGAUCAUCUCUGUGAGAGAGGAAGAGGAGGAGAACAGCAGCAGACAGAGAGACGAUGGCAGCUGGAAAAAGAUCAAAGAGAGAGAAGGGAAGGACUGCAGGCAGGCCUUCACAGUAUUGUAUGUGGAGAGGUGUCGGCAGCACCGCUGGCGGUGUGCUGAGGUCACAUUCACGUGUCCAGAGGAGGCGCUGUAUCAGCGCUGGGUCAGCAGCAUCAGAGAGCAGCUCGCCUCUAUCACCAGCAGACCCAAACACCUGCUGGUCUACAUCAAUCCGUAUGGCGGGAAGCGUCAGGGCAAACACAUCUACGAGCAAAAGGUCGCACCGCUGUUUGCCCAGGCAGGUGUCUCCACGCAUGUCAUCGUGACGGAGUACGCCAAUUAUGCUAGGGAUCACCUGAGAACGGAGGCGGAGCUGAAGAAGUUUGAUGGGGUGGUGUGUGUCGGAGGGGACGGCAUGUUCAGUGAGAUCAUCCAUGGGCUGAUCUGGAGGACACAGAUCGAUGGCAGCGUAGAUCCAAACUGUCCAGAUCAAACUCUCCUUCCCAGCUCCCUUCACAUUGGAAUCAUACCUGCAGGUUCAACAGAUUGUAUCUGCUUUGCCACUGUGGGCACCAACGACCCAGUGACCUCUGCACUGCACAUCAUCGUGGGAGACUCGCAGCCGAUGGAUGUGUGCUCGGUUCACCACAACAACACCUUCCUGCGAUACUCUGUUUCCCUACUUGGAUACGGUUUCUAUGGCGAUGUGCUAACUGACAGUGAGAGGAAGAGAUGGAUGGGACCAGCCAGAUACGACCUCUCAGGUGUGAAGAUGUUCCUGACUCAUCAUUACUAUGAAGGAACAGUGUCCUACCUGCCGGCCAGAGGCAUCGUAGGAACGCCACGUGACGCUGCCAAGUGUCGAUCUGGCUGUGUGGUUUGUCAGCACAACGGGCAGCUACUUUCAAAGAGAGCUGAGAAUUACACAAUGGAUGAAGACAGCGAGAGUGAUGGCGAGUGGAGGACAAUCCGAGGGAAGUUCUUGGCUAUAAACGCUGCCAGUAUGAGCUGUGCUUGUCCUCGCAGCCCCAAAGGCCUCUCACCUGCUGCUCACCUGGCCGACGGCACCACCGACCUCAUCCUGGUCCGAAAAUGUUCCCGCUUCGACUUCCUCAGACACCUCCUCCGACACACCAGCAAAGAUGACCAGUUUGACCUGACCUUCGUUGAGGUCCACCGGGUGCGGCGUUUCCGCUUCACACCACGUUACUGCCAGAGCGACUCAGACCUGGAGCUGGACCUGCGAGAGAAUGGCAAACGCCAGAUCUUCAGCCAGAUAUGCCGAGACCAUCCGGCUUGCGGCUGUGCCCCCGCCUACAGCAGCUGGAACUGCGACGGCGAGAUCCUGACCCACACGGCCAUCGACGUCCGAGUGCACUGCCAGUUGAUCAAGCUCUUUGCACGAGGGAUCGAAGAACCAACGGUGUUCGAGGAUCUCACCAACCCCUGUGCAAUAUAGACCCACGCCCCCAUUAUUACCUGUCAGACACUGGAGUUGUCACUGUGUCUUCAGCCUCUGCCUACAUCACUUCUGCUGCUGCCGUCAUGGGACACAUCGUUCACUCGACAGGAUUUACUGACUCAGCAAUGAGUUGUGCUUUUACUCUACAAAGAUCAGCAGUACGGAGAGAAACCAAGAAAUUGUUUCCUCACAGACAGGAUGUGAUGUGUAGUUUUCCUAAAAUGCCCUGAAUAACUUCAAAUCUAUUCUUUGGAAACUAUUAGGAUAUAAUCAGGAAAAUAUUGACCCAGAGAGUAAAGCUUCACCCUCACAUUUGUUGAGGUUGUUGUUGUUUUGAUGCGAACAGAUGAAUGGUUGCCAGGUGUCUGGCACCUGAUUUAUUUUUAAUAUUGAACAGUUCUGAAAGUGCCGUUUGAUAAUAUUUUCCCCCAUAAUCCAGAGACCAUGACUCCAUGAUGUUACCUUGAGGUUACAAAUGUUGCCUGUUACAGUAACAAAAUGUGUAAAAAGCUGCUGUAGGUGGAAAACGCAGGAUGGACUGUUGUCCUAAACGCUGCCGCAUGUGUCACUACCUAUAAACUAUAGAGUAGACUUGUUGUGUCUCGGUCUUGUAGGUGCCUGAGAUUGGAUUUGUUUUGGUCUUGUGGGGGAUUUUAUUAGACAGAAGAGGCAGAGGCAGACAGGAGGAGAGACAGGGGUAUGACGUGCAACAAAGGCUGGACUUAAACCGGCUACAUUCUUACCUGUUACAGACUUCUGUUUCCACAGAGUCCAGAUGUUUUCUUAGUAGACUGGAGAGGUCAGCUGUUCUCUAUUAUCUUGGACUCUCAACUGUAGUCCUGGUGCAGAUAAGAACACACUGAGAGUUUUUGUAUUUAUUCAGCUUAUAAGUAGAUUGGAGAUUGUUACAUAAAUUAUAGCUUAUUUGCACUUUUUAAAUAGUUGUAAUUAUUUUGAAUAAUCAAAACCUAUCUUGGAUUUUGAAUGAUCUAAUACAUGUUUUAAGGAUACCAGACACCUGCCAGCCAUUCCUACAGUCAUGUGAUCAUUAGGGAUCAGGGGUGGAUUCACAUUCACAUGAGUAGAAAGUAAAUCCGCUGCACGUGUUCAGUACAGAAAACAAUGCUGGGAGGAGAUUUAUUAUCCACUAUUGAAGCAUCCCAAUUCUUCAACUGCAAGAAGGUUUCUGUUACAUUAUGCUUCUCAAACAGGUCCAUUAGAAUAAACUAAAACAUAAAUGUUUCUCACAUUUCUCAGGAAUAUCUGAGCUCAAUUGUAACUAUGAAAUUGUAUUUUUACAUAUUUCAACUCCCAGCAAUUUAGGAAAAAAACUUACAUUUGAAUUUUAGUGAAGAAAAUCUUGUGCCAGUCAAGCUGGUCGUGGCUGAGCAAGCUGAGCAGCGCACACAUGAAUGUUUUUAAUCUUCCAUUUCCGCUUGUUAUGCAAAUGAGGUCAGCUGGAGUAAACACAGAAUACAAAUCAGAUCAAGUGCUGGAGAGAACAAGAAGUACUGCUUUAACACCAGUGUUUUACACAGCAGAUAUUCUGACUUCUCAAUGAGCUGAAGGCAUAGCUGUAACUUCAAAUUACAUACAAGAUUAAAAUAAGAUUCACAUACAACAAAAGACAAAACCAAUACUGAAGCAGUGGUGCCCAGCCUGGGGGGUCAGGAAACUGGUUUGUCUGGACAACUAUUUGAUUGAUUUGAAAUAAAAGUUAAUAUUAACAUCCACUUUUCCCUCAGGACAAAUUGUAAUAACUGAUGAUCCUCUUUUCAUCUAGUGCCACCAUCAAGUCAAAUGUUAAUUUUAAUUGGUCCAAUACUUUGGUUUAAGACCAAAUACCAUUCCUGUCCUCCUCGGCUGUAGCAUGUUAACACACUGAACUAAGGUGGUGAACAUCUUAUGGCUAAACAUUAGCAUGUUUUGUCAUUGUUACCGUUGAGCUCAAAGCACCACUGUGUCUAAGUAUAGCUUCACAGAAGUUUAUGUCGUAAUAAUUAAAAUAAAACAAUCUGGACUGGAAUCUAGACAUAUGCAAGCUGUGACAAGGGCUCAUAAGUAGACAUAGCCUUGUUUUUAGAGGUCACAGUUCAAAAAGGUUGGAAUGGCUGCAAUAAAGGGUAUGGACGGGCCUCUCCAAGUACACAGUUUUUAAACGUUUAACCACAGAUAGAAACAUUUUUGUGUAUAAAUGAAUCAAUCUCACUGUGAAGGAUCAUUUAACUUGCUAGAUACAAAACUCGGUUUGGACUUUUAUUGUGUUGUAUGGAAGGUUCAUAUUAUUGAUUUGAUCUUUUGUGACGGAAGCUGCACUGUAAUGUCCAGUGUUGAUAUUCAACCACCAGCAUGUUCAGUGUAGAGUCUUUUUCAUUUUUGAAUCAUUGUAGGUGAGUUCACAGUGGACGGCUCUGAGCAUGUCGUAGCCUGAUGUUAACUGUCUCUGUAGCAGCUGCUUUUCGGUGUCCACAAAAUACAAUCUACCUGUAGCAGCACCAUUAAUGUUACUUUCCCAUAUUCUUUAAUAAUAUGAUGCAUAGCAAAGUUGCAUUUAAUUCACUAAGCCUUGGGAUGGCGAUGUCCAUCAGUUCUGUCCACAUAUCCGUUUAAAUUAUCAUAAAAUGUCCUGAUCUCAAGAGGAUGAACCCUUUAGACUGUAAUUAUCCAUUGACCUUACAUCUAGCACCAUCCUCAGGACAAACUGUACAGCUUUGCUUCGCUACUGGUGUGGCACUAAGGAUUUCAAAAUCAGCAUAACGUUGCAGCUUCCAAAUAGAUUUGAAAUAAUAUGAUUGUCUCCAUCCUGAAGCUCUGUCGGGACAGGAAGUUGCGUAUCAUCACUGGACUAUCACAGUGUAGAUUCUGUUUGUUUGUUGUCCAGCAGUCCUGUUUCCUCUCUGCUGAUGUUAACACAAACUGACCGAGGAGGGAACCAGUAGCCGCUCACGGUGCUCUAAAACAUCAGCUUCCAGCUUUCUUCUGAGCUCAAUCUGACCAAAUACCAGCCGGGGUUUAAUGAUGUAGCUGUCUGUCUGUCUGUGACAGUUUGAGCUUAGCCUAGAGGUCUUCAGAGGUCCAAAAUCUUUGAGACCUUACAGACCUGAUUAGACUGACAGUAAUGUGAACCCGGUCCUACUUGGGUCUCAGGUCAAACCUCAGUUAGUAGGAACCUAGUGGACCUGUGAAGAUCUUUAGCUCAGCCGUCUGUCUCUUGUUGAUUUAUCUGUCACUGUUGUAUUGAUGUACAAUCAGAGUCUGAAUGUUUGCUGUAAAACCCCCAAACAGUAACAAACCAAAUGUGUUAAAUGCGCACACACAGAGGUCGACUGAUGACAGAUGACUGAAGUGGAUUACAAAUAUUUAUUUACAUUUAGCGAGCUGUUACUAUUAAUUAAACCAGAAACUGGCCAAUUCAUUUGUAUGUUUUCAUGAAAUAGACAUCGCUGGAGGCUUUGUGACGUAGUAAAUACUUGGCCAGCUACAGUAGCUGGUGAGCUGACCGCUAACAAGCUAUUUAGCCAAGAACAUGCUGGUCCUAGCCAGCCAUAAUAGCUCACAUAGCUAGCUCAGUUGCUAACAUGCUACUAGCUAAUGUCGCGUUCACAAAUCGUACAGACUGGAAAAAAAAAGAAGAGGCACACUGGCUUUAGGAUUGUACAUCAUUUUAUUCAACAAAGAGUUGACAAACUCUGCAUUCAGCGAUGGGACAAUGAAUUCACACAUUGUACCAUCGACUUUAGUGUUUAGUCUCAUAAUUGUCUAUAAACCGUCUCUGUUGUGGAGCAGUUUAUACUGUGACAGCGGGACUUUCAUAAAACUGGUUGGGGACACACAGCUAACAAGCUAAGCUAAGUCAGCGUGAUACUCGUGACGUAUUUUAGCAUGGCCUACCCUACAGGAAAUUUACUGGCAUAUUUUGUGUCAUACAACAAAAGGUGACUAUGUCUUAAGCUUGUGUUAACCACAAACCACAAACCCUCCCCCCGACUUUUAGGCAAGGGAACAGGAAGUACAAAAAUGCUAACUAAUCUCGAAACACUAUUAGUCAGCAGCAUGAAUUUGUGUUUAUGUCAGCUAAUCAUCAUGUCAGCAGGCUAGCUAUGCUGCUAACCGGACAAUAACACAGUUAAUGAAGAGAACCUGUUAGUAUCAUGGACUACUGGGUGACUGAGCGUACUCCAGCAGAGCAGACUUAUAUAAAACUGGAUGGUAGCACACAGCUUAUAUGAUGGCGUCCUCAAUUUUGGACGGCCCAACUCUCCCUCAAUGGUCAACACUGUCAAGACGGUUUGAAUGUGAUGAUCAGCACAGAUCUGCAUGUCCAAGUUAAGAGUCAAUGCAAAGGCUUCUUACAAAUUAAUUUAACUCCCAAUAGCGAAUCCACUGAUUGCAGAUAUAACUAUAAUUGACAUUAAAUGUCAUUAAAAGCGCGAUUGUAACUGAACAGGUAGAAUUAAAGAUAUAACCAAUUCAUCUCUAGUGUCGUGUUAGGUAUUGAAGCAUUAAGGACUAGUACUGCAAAUAAUGAUUAGUCUUAAUUGUCUUUCUGAUUAGUUAUCUCUAAAAUUUCAAAAUAAACAUUAUGUCCAAAGUGAUUUUUCAUUUCUUUCUUAAUUUUUUUAAUUCAAAAAAGACAUCUAGCUCUGUGAAGCAUUAGUUUCUCCCAAUUUAAACCUCUCCAGCUAAUAGGGAAUAUUGUUAUUUUCAACACUGUAGUUUAAUCUGACGCUGGAAACUAGUUUGAGCUAGUGAAUCAGUCGACCUCUAGUUGUAAUCUGAGCUGUAACUGAUCUUUACCUUCUGCUGUAGCUGUUUCAUUAUCAGGAAUUAAAAAUGUAUUCAACUA